UAGCAUUUUCCUUUUAUUUUUUUCUUCAUCUCUUUCUCUUCAUCUCUUUCUUCUUCUCCAUACCCUUUCCAUUUUCCCCAACGGUUCACCCAGGGGCAUGGUUCCCGCCAUUCCUCUCUCCCACUAGAAACCCUAAUUUCUCUCUCACACGCUACAGGCUGAUCCUCGUAGGGUGUUAAAUUCGCCUGAAUUUCGGGAAAAGCGGUUCUUUUUUUGCCAUAAAAGAUUAGGAUUUAUGUCCCAUAAUCAAUCAAGGGCUGAGAGGAGCGAUUCCACGCAGUACAGGAAAACCGGCCGAUCCGGUAGCUCCAAUCAGCAGCGUCAGUUCCACGGCGGCGCCUCCAAUAAGGGCGGUGGCGGCGCCCCUUCAAAUCCUGCCGGCCGCGGUUACAAUAAGAAGUAUAACAACAAUGCCCAAGGUGGUCCGAGGGUAAGAAGUCCGAAUGUGGGUUCAGAUUCUGCUGGACAUGCUUUCCAUAAUGGUCCUCAAGAACAGCAGCCAACUCAUGUUAGCGGCACACCUACCAAUGUCAAUCUGACAGAUGCUCCUGCCCAAAAGACCACACAAACUGUUCCUAGAUCUCCGUCUUCUGAUGUUUCAAAUGAAGCUCCAACAUCUAAUGUUUCUGCUGCUAAUUCUGAGUCUGAGUUACCUAAAACACCUACUAAAGGAGAUGCAACAGGGCCACUUGGCCUGCAGUUCGGCUCCAUAAGUCCUGGUUGUAUGCAGGUACCUGCUAGAACAAGCUCUGCGCCACCAAAUUUGGAUGAGCAGAAAAAGGACCAGGCUCGCCAAAACUUAUUAAGGGCUGGUGGUCCUGUGCCGAUUCCCUUGCCCAAGCAACCAGCUGUAAAGAAGGAUGCAGGUGUUCCAAACCAAACAAACGCUCGCGAAGCUCACCCACUUUCCAGAUCUAAGAGGGACACUCAGGUAUCUGUUGCACCACCUGUAACUCAAAUCCAGAAGCCAGCUAUACAUGCUAUGCCUGGUAUGCCCAUGCAAAUGCCAUUUCACCAGCCACAGGUUUCUGUUCCAUUUGGUGGUCCCAAUCCUCAAAUUCAGUCUCAAGCCAUGCCAGGGGCAUUGCCUCUGUCAAUGCAGAUGGCCCUACCUAUGGGGAAUCCUCAAAUGCAGCAGUCAAUGUUUAUUUCAAGUCUUCAGCCACAUCCGAUGCAGUCUCAAGGAAUGAUGCAAGGACAGAACUUUAACUUUCCACCACCGAUGACUCAUCAACUACCUCCUCAGUUGGGUAACAUGGGAAUCAAUAUGGCCCCACAGUUUUCUCAGCAGCAGGCUGGAAAAUACGGCGGUUCUCGGAAAACUGUGAAGAUUACACAUCCAGAUACUCAUGAAGAGUUGAGACUGGAGGGUUCGCCUGCUCCUAAAUCACAUCCUGUUAUGCCACCUCAUUCACAGCCCCUCCCACCAUUUCCUCAAAAUCACCCGAUGAAUUUCUAUUCUAAUUCUUAUAACACAAACCCUGUCUAUUUUCCUGCUGCUAGCUCCGUUCCAUUGAGCAGCAUUCCACCCACUUCUCAACCACCAAGGUCUUACAAUCAGGUGACAAUUAAGCCACCUGUUGGCAUUCAUGGGGAGAAAGAGCCAUUACCAGGUACAAGUUCAGUUACUGUGAGAAAGGCAGAGCUAGAACCAUUAACUUUAUCUGGAGAGGAUUGUGCUCGUGCACAAAAGGAAGUUGAAUCAUCAUCUCGGAUUUCUACACCACAUUCUAAGCCUGGUUUAGGAGUGUCAUCUAUAUCUGCUGCAUCAUCAGGUUCUAUCAAUGUGGAGAGCAUUGCAUGUAACACUACGGCUCCUGCUUUUGUUACUAAGGAUGGUUCUGCAUCAAUAUUAAAAAGCACUGCUACUGAGGCAAGAAAUAAAGUAGUCGUGCCCGGUUUAGUUAAAGAUGUAUGCAGUCAACCACUCAAACCGGGCCAACAGGAUCAGGUUGGCAACCAACCACCCUCGCUCCCAAGUUCGAUUUCUCAAUCCUUGGAAGCUGAAGCAGUUAACACAAAAUCUCCAUUGCCUAGAGCCAAUUUCGCAUGCGAAACUUCCAAGGAAUCAUUAUCAACUGCUGUGGCUACAUCUGAGGUUGACUUGACAAGUGAGGACGUUGGAACUAAUAAUGUAAAUAGUAGACAAUCUGAGCCUGAGAUAACUGCAGAAAGGGAAGGACAGGCCACAUCUCAGAGUUUAAAAUUUGAUAAAGAACAUUUGGACACAUCGUUGAAGUCUCUUUCUUUAGAAUCACCGAAAAUAACUGGUGAAGUUGAGGAUAUCACUGAAACAGAAAUUACAUCCAGCACAGGGGGUCUAUUGGAAGGGACAGAGAAGCCGGAAGAGUCUUUAGGCUGUUGUACUGAUGAUGUCAACAUGGCUGAUAAUUAUGCUGCAUCUUCCCAUAAUAUAGAAGGCAGUCAAAAUGCUGAUAAUCCUGUGUCAAUGAAUGGUUUAUCUGCACAGGAUGAUAAGACUUAUAUAGCAGGCACAAAAUGUCUUGAUGAUGCAUCAAAACCCGAUAAUGAAGAUAUUGACAAUAAUAGUGACAGUUUAGUCCCAACUUCCUUGAGUAUCAGGGAUAAAGUCUUGGUAGAUGCAAGUGUGUCUAAAAGUGCUCUACCCAGAGGGAAGAAGAAAAAAAGAGAAUUGUAUAGGAAAGCAGAAGCUGCUGGUACCAGUUCUGAUCUUUAUAUGGCGUACAAGGGCCCUGAAGACAAGAAAGGUGCUGAGAUCUCCGCAGAGAGCAUUGAAGAAACUUCAAGCAAUAACAUGAAGCAGACAUCCUCUGAAAUCUCUAGAGAGAUUGACCUUCCAAGUGAGAAACCUCCUGUGACUAAAGUUGAGCCAGAUGAUUGGGAAGAUGCUGCUGAAAUUUCUUCGCACUUAGAAAGUUCAAAGAAUGGAAAUCAAGGUUCUGAUGUAGAUGAAAAUGGAUUGACAACUAAAAGAUAUUCCCGAGACUUCCUUCUUAAAUUCGCAGAUCAAUGCACUGAUCUUCCAGAAGGAUUUGAUUUUAAUUCAGACGUAGCAGAUGUAUUGAUGGUUUCCAGUGUCAAUAUGCGUGAGUCACAUCCUAGUCCUGGACGAAACAUUGACAGGGCUUCUGGAGGUUCUAGACCAGAUCGCCGUGCAAGUGGCUAUGGAGAUGAGGAUAAAUGGAACAAAUUUCCUGGCCCACUUAUGUCAGGGCGAGGAGAUAUGCGUGCAGAUACUGGAUAUGCGAAUAAUGUUGUUGGUUUUCGACCUGGCCAAGUCGGUAAUUACGGUGUUCUAAGGAAUCCACGACCUCAGACACCCAUGCAUGCAGGGGGGAUCUUGUCAGGGCCAAUGCAGUCCAUUGGUCCUCAUGGAGUAUUGCUUAGAAAUAACUCCGAAUCUGAUAGAUGGCAGCGGGGAACUGCUUUCCAGAAAGGAUUGAUGCCUCCUCCUCAGACACCCCCCCCAGUUAUGCACCGAGCUGAGAAGAAGUAUGAAGUAGGCAAGGUUACUGAUGAGGAAGAAGCGAAACAGAGACAGUUGAAGGGCAUAUUGAACAAGCUUACACCUCAAAAUUUUGAGAAACUGUUCCAGCAAGUUCAGCAAGUCAACAUCGAUAAUGUUAUUACACUUUCUGGAGUAAUCUCGCAGAUUUUUGAUAAAGCUCUGAUGGAGCCUACCUUCUGUGAGAUGUAUGCUGACUUCUGCUUUCACCUUGCUGCGGGCUUGCCUGAAUUGAGUGUGGACAAUGAAAGAAUAACUUUCAAGAGAUUACUCCUGAACAAAUGCCAGGAAGAAUUUGAGAGAGGAGAAAGAGAAGAACAAGAGGCAAAUGAAGCUGACGAAGGUGAAAGUAAACUGACAGAAGAAGAGAGAGAAGACAAGAGACUGCGUGUUAGAAGACGGAUGCUGGGUAACAUUAGACUAAUUGGAGAAUUAUACAAGAAGAAGAUGUUGACUGAAAGAAUAAUGCACGAGUGCAUUAAUAAAUUGUUGGGUCAGUACCAGAAUCCCGAUGAAGAAAACAUAGAAGCUCUGUGCAAAUUAAUGAGCACAAUUGGUGUAAUGAUAGAUCAUCCCAAAGCAAAGGACCACAUGGAUGCUUAUUUUGACAUCAUGGCACAACUAUCCAAUAAUAUGAAGCUGUCUUCCCGGGUAAGAUUCAUGCUGAGAGAUUCUAUUGAUCUCAGAAAGAAUAAGUGGCAGCAGCGGAGGAAAGUUGAAGGUCCUAAAAAGAUUGAGGAGGUACACAGAGAUGCUGCGCAAGAACGGCAUGCUCAAACUAGCAGACUUGGUCGUGUAUCCAGCAUUGGUGGCUCAAUAAGAAGGGGUCCGUCUAUGGAUUUUGCUCCUAGAACUCCUAGUAUGUUAUCUCCUCCAGGUCCACAGAUCAGCAGUUUUCGUCCUGGUGGGCCACAGCUACGUGGCCAUGGCUCUCAGGAUGCUCGGAUGGAUGAGAGACAUUCCUAUGAGAACAGAACGAUGUCUAUUCCACUGCCUCAAAGACCCCUUGGUGAUGAUUCCAUAACCCUUGGGCCACAAGGUGGUCUUGUCCGAGGAAUGGCGUUUGGUAGUCAGCCAUCUGCAUCUAGCUCUCGUUUGGCUGAGAUAUCAAGUCCUGGAGAUGCACGCAGGGUGGGCCCUGGUCUAAAUGGAUUCAGUUCUAUUCCUGAACGGGCAGCUUAUGGCCAAAGAGAGGAUCACGUUCCAAGAUAUGUGCCUGACAGGUUUGUUGCUGCAUCCAGUUAUGACCAAGAAAGGAAUGUUACACAUGGAAAUAGAAACACAGAUCGCAUUGAUAAAUCUCUGCCAGCUUCUCCCCCUGCUCGUGGUGCUCUCCCAACUAGCGCAGAAAAUAUGUGGACUGAAGAGCAGUUGCGGGAAAAAUCGGUAAAGACCAUUAAAGAAUUCUUCAGUGCAACACUUGAUGAGAAUGAAGUCGCAUCGUGGAUCAAGGAUUUGAACGCCCCAGGCUUAUAUCCCUCAAUGAUAUCUAUCUGGCUCGCUGAUUCAUUUGAGAGGAAAGACAUGGAGAGGGAGCUCCUGACAAAGCUGCUUAUUAACCUUACAAAGUCGCAAGAUGGGUUGCUAAGUGAGGCUCAACUCGUCAAAGGGUUUGAAUCUGUUCUAGCUGUCUUGGAGGAUGCUGUCAAUGAUGCCCCGAGAGCAGCUGAGUUCCUCGGUCGUUUUUUUGCUAGAGUCGUCUUAGAGAAUGUCGUUUCGCUCGCUGAAAUUGGGCAGUUGGUGUACGAAGGUGGAGAAGAGCAAGGGAGCCUUGUAGAAGCAGGGAUUGCAGCUGAUGUGGUGGGAACCAUCUUCGACACAAUCAAAUCGGAGAAAGGGGAUUCUGUGCUGAAUGAGAUUCGUUCAAGCUCGAAUCUGCAGCUACAGAAGUUCAGACCUCCAGGUUCGAACAGGUCAUGCAAGAUAGAUAAGUUCAUUUAGAAGACAACGAUGCUCACCGGAUCGGGCCUGGUAGAGAAAUUCUUGUUUUUUGUUAUGUUGUUAGGUAGUUAGUACUAGUAUUACAUUUUCAGAAAUAUAUUAUAUAUCUAUAUAUAUAAUAUAUCUGCUGGCUGCUGUAGAGGAACUGUCCCUCUCGUUUAUUUUGACAAAAUCAGGUCGUCGGUUACAGAAUUAUCAAAAAGGUUCGAUUGAGUGAGCA